UGCUCCUUCAGGUUCCAUUAAUUUUUCGCCUUUCGUGCUAUUUAGAAGGCGCUGGGAUGUUCUUCCUAAUUUCUAGACGUCUCUCUUCUUGGCUUCUCCUCGAUCGCUAGCUAAGACUAGAAGGGCGCGUCUUGUUUCUCUCGUGCCUGUCUUAUUUAUUAUUUCGUGCCUCAGCCGCACAUUAGUCGAGCCCCGGCCGUCAAUGUGACAGAUAGAUAGAUAGAUAGAUAGAUCGAUCGAGCGGCGGCCAAGCGAAGGCGAGAACUACUAAUGGGUUUAGCUCGUCUAUGCCUGAGGAAUGGUGCCCUACUGCGUGGGCACCUCUGGCCGGCUUACUUGAACGCGUUCGCUGCGGUGGGAGGAGGAGCAACGAUGGGUCCUCUAGAUCUGCGACCACGAUCAUCAGCAGCAGCAGCAGCAGGAGGAAAUGGAGGAUUCUUGGAAUUGCUCCUCCUCUUCUUUCUCUUCGGGAGCUGCCACACAGGCUGAUGACGCUGCUAGUAAAGUCCCAGCAGCAGCAGAGAAACGGGAGGUGGCUACUUCUUCAAGGCGGGGCAGGCGGGGCCGAUUGUGGAGGAGCCCCUGGGACUUGGUUCCCUUCCGCCUCAACACUGACGGGCUCGGGAAUGCGCUGAUGCGGGUGUCGGAGAAUCUGAACAGGGUGCUGGAGAACUGGAUGCCGUCUCGCCUGCUGGGCCGCAUGAAGGAAGACGACAGCUGCUACAAGCUGCGGUUCGAGGUGCCGGGGCUGAGCAAGGACGACAUACGGAUCACGGUGGAGGACGGGAUGCUGGUGGUGACGGGCGAACGCAAGGAGGAAGAAGCCCUCGAUGAGGACGAAGACCAAGGCGGCUGGUACUCGCAGAGAUACGGAUUCUACAACACCAGCCUUUUGCUGCCCGACGAUGCCGAGGUGGCGCACAUCAAAGCCGAGGUCAAGAAUGGGGUCCUCUACGUUACCAUUCCCAGGUCUGCAGAGAGGAGGCGGAAUGUUACGGAGGUGAAAAUCCAAUAGCUGCCUAGCCGUAUAGCGAGCGGUCAGACCGUGCGUUGUUUAGUUAAAUUGUGUGCUUGCUUGUUUGGCAUGUAUGCUUCUAUAUAUAUAUAUAAUGUACUUCUCCCUUUUUAUUUUCUUGUUUUACUUCCGGCGCCAGCUAAAUAAUAGAAGUGAUGCAUCAUCGAUCGCGUUUCUCCAAUCACUUACCCCGCGCUUUUCACCUAGUCAUUUGGGCUGGGUUUGUACUUGAAAUAUGUAGUCUGUAAUUCUACCUGAGAAAAUACAAAAAAAGAAAAAAAAAAAACCUACGUCCUACUCUGAUUUUCUGUUAA